AUGGAGGCCCUUCUGGAGCGAUUCACGGAGCCGCUCAAGACGGCGAUCGACCCUCUGCGCAACCUCGUGCGCCCAGAAGAGGUGCCGAUGUGGCAGGGGCAGAUCGGAAGCUUUAACGUGGCUUUCUACCCGAGCCAGUUUUACAUCCAGGGCGUGCUCGUGGCGCUCGCCGUGGUCUACGGCCUGUUCGCGCUCGUCGGCCGCUGGCGCAACCAGCGCGCCGCGCAGCCGUUCGAGGAGGUGUUUGGCCGCGCGCUCCAGGGCGAGUUUGCGCAGGUCGGCGCGAGCGCCGACGCGCCCGAGCUCGUGUGGAACGGCGCGGCAGACGCCAUGUUCUUUGCGUCGGGUCGCCGCGGCGUCGAGUACAUGCACGCGACGCUCAAGCUGCAGCCCCGCCACGACGUGCUGAUGCACAUUGGCAGCUUUUUGUACGACGCGCUCGCGCUCCCCGCGACGCCGUUCAGCGUGUCGGACCACGUCACGCUGACGUUCCGCCUGCCGCACAACGAGAGGACGCCGACCGGCACGUUUGCCGUGAUCGAUAAGCACGACCUGCAGCGUGUGCGUGCGGGCCGCUUCGACCUGAGCUUUGCCAAGGUCGCCGACGGCGAGAACGCGUCGAGCGCGCGCGCGCUCGACGAGCGCUUUGCGAUCGCCGCCGAGACCGGCAACGUGACCGACAAGUGGCUCGGCGAGAGCGGCCAGCGCGGCGACGAGCAGCGCAAGCGCCUCGGCCUCGUCGACGCGCUCAACGGUCCCGGCGGCCGCUUUGUCGUGAGCCUUGUGUGCUCCGACCAGCCGAGCGAGCGCCCCCAAAACGGCGCCGUGCCGCUGCAGGAGCGCAUUGCGCUGACGCUGCGCCUGCCCCGCAGCAAGGCCGAGGCCGAGGCACAGCUGCCGGUGCUCACUGCGGUGUUUGACGUGAUCGACGCAUUGCACCUCACGGCGACCGGCCGCGAGAACCUGAUGGCCCUGCGCCCCGAGACGCAGGCGGCGCUCAAGCGCACGCGCACCGAGGUCAACGCGCUGCUCGACAAGGAGGUCGCACAGCUCAGCGAGGAGGACGAGAAGGAGGCGCGCGAAGAGGCGCGGCGCAAGGCGCAGCAGGAAAAGUUUGACAAGCUCAGCCCUGCCGAGCAGGCGAAGCGCAAGCAGGUCGAAAAGAAGCGUGCGCAGCGCAAGGCGCAGACGGCCGCGCUGCGCAGCCGCCAGUAG